AUGUCGAUCGAUCAGUCCCUCAAGAAGAAGAGAGGGAGGCCAGCAGGAGGAGGUUCCCCCUCUGUCAGCAAGAGCGAGCGAGACAAGAUGGUCAUGGAGCAGAAGAUGGCACUGGUGCACCGAAGGCUCGCCUUGCUCGACAGCGAGAGCAACAAGGAAGCUGAUGUUGUGCCGACGGCCACAAUGGAUGAUAGGCUUGCAAUUGUUGUUGAUCAACAGCCUGUCGUUGUUAAUGGCGACGAUACAGAUGACGAGGAUGAAUAUGUUCCUUUGAGAAUUGUGCGGCCACGGAGUGUGGACAGUGAGCAAAAAAGGCUGCUUGAUGUUUCUCAAACACACAAUGCCCAGGAUACUGGCACUGCUAAAAAGAAGAGAGGGAGGCCUGUCAACCCCAAGAUUGACAUGGAGCAGAAGUUGAAUAUGUCAACGCCGGGGCUUGGCUUGGUUGAGAGCGGCGGCAGUAACAGCAGCAAGAGCGACGUAGAUGAUGAUCUUGUGCCGAUGGUGAGAACUGUGGUAGCUGCUGUUAAUUGCCAAAAGACAUGUGCAAGCGUUCAGGGUAACUUUGGGUCUGCUAUGGAGAGAGCUGAGGAGGUACUUGUGAAGUUACCAGCCGAACAUCCUAGCUUUGUCAAGUAUAUGCUACAUUCACAUGUUGUUCAUGGUUUUUGGCUGGGUCUACCGUCUGACUUCUGCAACAAGCAUCUCCCAAAGAAGGACACUGCUAUUGUGCUAGAAGAUGAGGAUGGGCACAACUAUGAUGCAAAAUAUCUAGGAGCCAAGCAAGGACUUAGUGCUGGUUGGAGAGGUUUUGCGAUUAAUCAUGGUAUCAAGGUCGGAGAUGUUGUAGUCUUUCAACUUGUCAGUUCAGCAAAGUUUAAGGUCUAUAUAUUAAGAGCGAACAACUUCACUACAACUGAUGGAGCACUUGGUCUCCUGUGUCUGGAAGAUGGCAAGGAGAAGAUACCGAAAGAAGAAAGUUCCAAUGAUGUCAAAUCUGAAGCUGGCAAGGAGAACAUACCGAAAGAAGAAAGUUCCAAUGAUGUCAAAUCUGAAGCUGGCAAGGAGAAGAUACUGAAAGAAGAAAGUUCCAAUGAUGUCAAAUCUGAAGCUGUCAAGGAGAAGAUACCGAAAGAAGAAAGUUCCAUUGAUGUCAAAUCUGAGGAGAAGCCAAAGGUUGCUCAGAGCGAUAGCAGCAACCUAGCCAGUGAGUCAAUAACAGAUGGCAUCAAAUUUUCAGACACAGUCAUCGAUUUCGACAACGUGAAAGAUUUCAGCAGCUUCAGCAUCGUCGUAGAUGGCCUGGUCAUCGACUGCGAGUUCCCUGACCACCUGCGCGAGACGUACUACGAGCUGUGCUGUGCCCAGAAGUCGUUCCUUCACAAGGAGCUGCUCAAAGGGCUAAACCUCACACUCGUGGUGGGAGCCAUCAUGGAGACUAUCGACAUCGCGGAGGGCAUCAGGGCCUGCAAGGCACGCACUCCUUCCCGCAGGGACUUUGUGGUCUGGAAGAACUUGCAGGCCUUGAAGCUCCUGGGCAUGAAUGUGGACUUCCUGCUGAAACGCGUCGAUGAUCUCCUCAGCCUCCCUGCUCGACCCAGAGCCCCUGCUGAGGUAAAACUGGAGCGGGCACGCACCGUCGCGAAAAUCAAGGCGGUCGUCCAGGAUUUCGAGUGUGAAGGACACUCUGGAGGAGAUUGA